CCAUGCCCCCCCGCCCUUCGCCCGGGUGGCGGUAGUCAGUAACAAGUUAAGCAAAGCCGUGGCAGCUUUUUAUACACCAGGGGAGGCCCACCCUUCCCCAACAGGGCUGUGAAAGAAACCCAAAGUCGUGACUCUGGCAGCACCCUGCGUGCCUCCAGAAGCCCCGCUCCGAGUUCAUCCCACCAGCAAGGCUGUGCAGCGCGGGAGCCGAGUGCCUUAUGAUUGGGUGUGCCUGACUGCAUCAGCCUUUGGAUGUGAGUGUCUUCUCUUGAAACAGCCUUGUGAUAUUCUAGCUGCCUGUUUUCUUGGGAGAUCCCUUGGAAGAAGCUGUCUGUUCGUCUGUCUUGGUGCCUGACGGGGCUGCUGUGCUUCCAGAUUUGAACCAUGUCCCACCCGUCCUGGCUGCCGCCCAAGAGUACCAACGAGCCUGUUGGUCACGUUACAGCAAGGAUGGAGACCACUCAUGCCUUUGGGACUCCCAGCAUCUCAGUGUCCACCCAACAGACGCCAAAGAAGUUUGCACCCGUUGUUGCCCCCAAACCAAAGUACAACCCAUACAAGCAACCAGGAGGUGAUGGAGACUUCCUUCCUCCACCUCCGCCUCCUGUUGAUGACCUCGGGAAUAUCACAUCACAAGGUGCCUUUCCCCCCCCGCCCCCUCUGGAUGACGUUGCUUUCAAUGUGCAGGUGAAUCCUGGUGGCAAGACACUUGAGGAGAGGCGCUCCAGCCUGGAUGCAGAGAUCGACUCCCUCACCAGCAUCCUGGCCGAUCUAGAGAGCAGCUCUCCCUACAAACCGCGGAUCCAACAGGGCUCCGGGACCUCCAGCUCGGCUGCCACCACUCCGUCUGUGUCCACCCCCGUCACCGGCCACAAGCGGAUGAUCAUUCCCAACCAACCUCCCCUCACCGCCACCAAGAAGUCCACUGCCAAGGGGCCUGGCCAGCCGGCACCCAUCCCAGUCACGCCCAUCGGCACCCUGAAGCCUCAGCCGGUUCCGGCCUCCUACACCACAGCCUCCACACCCAGCCGCCCGACCUUCAACGUCCAGGUGAGGACGGCGCAGCCCAGCCCUCACUACCAGCCGCCUGGCCCGCAGCCCACGCACUAUGGCAGCCUGGGGCCCGGCCAGCCCUAUGCAGCCCCACCGGCCCACCCGCCCGGUGCCCAGCAGUAUGGCUCACCACAGCACCGUGGGCCCGACUACGGUUAUGCCCCACCGCCUGCCCGUCCUUCAGAGCCCAGCUAUGGCUAUGCACCUCAGCAAAGCCGCUACCAGGACCCGUAUUACGGCGGAUAUGGAGGGAGGAAUGGCUCUGAAGCACCCUACGUGCCACAGAGCGCCUGGAAGGUUGAGCCAGCGUAUCCUAGUGGUAACACUGUGGGCCAGGCUCCUUCUGGGCUGUACCAGCCUCCUGGCACAAAGAAGACCUACAUCACGGACCCAGUGCUGGCCCCGCAGCCACUGCAGCAAAAGAGUGGGUAUCCAAGCUCUGGACCCACAACAAGCACUCCUGCCUUCAGGCCUGAAGAUGAGCUGGAACAUCUGACGAAGAAAAUGCUGUAUGACAUGGAGAAUCCUCCCUCUGAUGACUACUUUGGCCGCUGUGCUCGCUGUGGGGAGAAUGUUGUUGGGGAAGGCACUGGCUGCACAGCCAUGGACCAGGUCUUCCACGUGGAGUGCUUCACCUGCAUGAUGUGCAAGAACAAGCUGAGGGGGCAGCCUUUCUACGCAGUAGAGAAGAAAGCCUACUGUGAACCCUGCUAUAUUAAAACACUGGAGCAGUGCAGUGUAUGUGCAAAGCCCAUCAUGGAAAGGAUCCUCCGAGCCACCGGGAAGGCCUACCAUCCCCACUGCUUCACCUGUGUCAUGUGCCAUCGCAGCCUGGAUGGGAUUCCCUUCACCGUGGAUGCUGGUGGGAACAUCCACUGCAUCGAGGAUUUCCAUAAGAAAUUUGCACCAAGAUGUUCAGUGUGUAAGGAGCCCAUCAUGCCAGCCCCAGGACAAGAGGAGACUGUACGCAUUGUCGCCCUGGAUCGUGACUUCCAUGUCCAGUGCUACCGGUGUGAGGACUGUGGCGGCCUCCUGUCUGAGGGGGACAAUCAGGGCUGUUACCCUCUGGACGGGCACAUCCUUUGCAAGACCUGCAACUCAGCUCGGAUCCAGGCUCUGACCGCCAAGGCCAGCACUGAUCUCUGAGUACCAACUGUGACCCUCCCCAGGAUGCCUGCUGGGGGAAUUGCACAAGCUUUGCAUGAUUUCUUUCCAGCCUAGGGCCUGAAUCUUUGUUUGUUUGUUUGUGUGUUUGUUUUAAAAAAAAAAGUAAAACUGGAAGGCCUUGGAGCAAGAGGGCGGUUCUGUGGCCAUGUUCAGACUGCCAGCAACAGGCACCUAACUUAGGCGUGAGUCUUCCAAAGGUUGGCAAGUCUGACCACCAGCUGCUAAGUUAUCUGCCUGUGGAAGAAGCUCUGAACUGGUGAAAUGUAGCUGAGCUAGUUCCUUUUUCCAAGUUAUUUUGGAAAUCUGAUCAGGUAUGGGGAUCUUCUUUGAUUUUAAUGGAUCACCAGCAGAAGUAGCUCUACUGUCACAGAGGAUGUGAAGCCAGUGUGAGAGCAGAACUAGCACUCCUCAUUGCAACUCAAACAACGCAACUUUGGCAGUACUGCACCUAAGGGUGUAGAUGUGACCUUGAGCUUUUUGGGACACAGAUUUGUUGUCUAUGUAUUUCUUCUUAGGUCCUUACUUGUCUCCAUUCCCUUCCAGUUCUAUAGUUGUUUUUUUUUUUUCUUUUUCUUAUGGAAUUAUAUUUUUGCUAUUACAUGAACUUAUUCAGUAGUGAUGCUUCCAAUUCACAAUAUAUGAGCAACCACAGAAAGAUGUGAGCUUGCACACACACACACACACAUACACACACACACACAAUGUGCUUUUGAUUUACUAGAGGUAUAAGCCAAUCAUGUCUGCUGAGAAGGUCUUUCAAGGAUCUGGGUCUGAAACACUCUUUAAAAAUCCCAGUGGUUAAAUUAAAAAAAAAUAGACUACACAGAACUGCAGUGCAAAGCGAUGCUCAAAAAAAUCUUGUGCCACUCACUGUAGUGGGACCAAUGGCUGUGCUGGCUUCUGGGUAGAUAUUUAAGCACUGGAGUCUUGUUCUGUUGUUUAUUGAAAUGGGAGGAUUUUCCUUCAGCUGUAACAGGAACUGAAGCAGGGAUAGACGUCUCUGUGAAGUUAACACGCAUGGUCUGGAGCUCCCAUUGGAAAAGGAAUCUUAUUCCAACAACGGCCAAAGAGCCGUGCAGUUGUUCAGUUUUUGUCUUAAAGCUGAAGAAGGUGUUAAACCCUUCUCUGUGCCAUCCCAAAAAGCAAAUGGUUUUCUUUUUCUUUCAUUUUCAUCCCAGCCACUUAUUACUCCUCUCUGGUGAAAUGUCAUUGCAGAAGAGUGCUGGGCCAGGAGCAGUACUUUCAUCUUCUGUCCAGAGGUAAUACAUGUGCCAAGGUAAAUAAAAAGCUGGGCAGAGAUAACCUUUCUUUUUGUCAUGUUGGUGUUCGUGGGCUUUUUUUAAUUUAUUUUUUUUUCACUUUGCUAAUUAAGAAAAUAAAUUAUAAAUUCAUGGCUCUGAGCAGCUAUAAUAUUCUUGUUCAUGAAACCCAUAAUAACUAAGGUGCAAAUUACAUAGUGAGGGAGUAAUUUUCAUAUCACUGAAUUGACAUUAAUAUCUUAUUUGCAGAUGUAAUCAAAGAGAAUACCUUUCUUUGCUCUUAACAAAUUAAGAAGCAGAACUGAAACAGUUGCAGGCUGAUUGACCAUAUUAGUGACAAACUGGGACUUUUCAACAGUAUUAGGAGAAUUUUUUCAUGUGCCCACUGAAAAACAAUGAAAAUGUAGUGCUUUCAUCUUCAGUCUCUAUAACAGAAACCUGAUACAAUAAUCCUAAUGCUGGGAGAAAAGAAAAAAGAAGUUAGAUGAGUUGGACUGAUAGGAAACAAAGAAAAACUGAAAUAGUCACCACAGCUCUUGCAAAUGGUGCAUUUGUUUCCAGUUUAGCACUAACCUCUAUGGAAGAGCCCUGUGAACUGUAAUAGCUUUAGCUGUAUACAGUAAAUUCAAACACAGAAAUACCAAUCUGAAACCUCUGUUCCUCACAUGGUUUGUAUGUUUGCAGACUCCUUCGGUGUCAGGGAAGAUUCCCAAAAUUCACAGCUCAAAAUGAAUCCUUCUUUGUAGAAGGGUGGCAUCAUUAAGCAAAAGAAAUCGUUCUCCACCAUAGCGGCUGUACUGAAGCCGUUUGCCUUUUAAUACUAGAUUUCUGCCCUGGCCUUCAACAAUUUUACUGCCUCAGACAUAAACAGACUUUUUUGCAGGGCGACUCCUGCCAGAUUCCAUCUGGGCUCCUGCUCCCUGAACCGUGGCACGUAAGAUUCUUCUGAGCUCGCUUUUUACAGGCAGCCCCUUCACACGGCAGUCAAAAACUCUUGCAACUAGUGAGUGAAUCCAAUUUGAAUUAACCCUACAGGAACACUGGAGUAUAGAGCUAGGGUUGCUAAUACUGCUGGUUUUACAUCUCUGCAAUCACAGGGGAGGACCUGAUGUGUCCCAGCAUACAAGAAGCCAUUCAUCAGGCAGCUCAGAACUUUGUUCUCGUUAGUGUUAAAUCAGGUGGCUGAUGAGACUCUCAUGAAUACCACUGGGGUAAGUGAUGGAAACUAGCUUAUGUAUCUGCCUGCAGAUGUGGCCUAGACUCAGGAGGACUGAAGUCCAGAGCCCUUUUCAUGGUCAUGGUGUAGGCUAGAAUUGGGAAAGUCGUAUGGCUUCUUGUCCUUUGUACGAGAAAGCUUCUUUACAACUUCCCAGAGAUGCUGUGAGAAUUAAACUAGUCAAAGAUUGGCCUAAACUCCUGAUUUUGGAGUUUUGUUUUCUCCUUCCAGAAAAGUUUGCUGGUAUGUAGGUUUGGGACUCCAGCCCAUUUCAAAGCUAAGGGCCAGCCAGGAGGUGUAGAUCUCAAUCUGUGUUAUUUAGGGUGCUGUGGUGAGCUGGGCUGGUGGGCAGCGAGGUGAGAGCCAAACUUUUCACACAUUAAAUACCCAAUGGAUGAAAAGUGGUUGUCAAAGAUUGAGUCGUGUUAUUGUUUGAGGUACUGUGGCUAAUUUCUGGUCCUGAUGUAUCUGGGCAAAGGUACUAUCGUGCUUUUGUUUUCACCCCUGAAACACCAAAGCCAUCUGCCUGUUGGAAAGAUUAAGCAUUCAAAACAGUUCUCUUUGUUUUUUGUUAUGCAAGUUGUUUUGGCUUCUAAAAUUGCUGUAAACAUAUUUGUAAGACAGUGCAUAUAUGUAUAUGUACAUAUAUAUGUAUGUAAGUAACACAGAGGCUCUCAUCAGCCACCUGUUCAUGGAAAGCUCCCCUCUGAUGCUUCAGGAUUUGACUAGAUAAUGCUGGUGGAUUUAUCUUAGUUGCACUGCAGUUAAGAACCACUGGGAUAUUCCUGCAUCACAAUAUUUAUCACAUUUUGCAAUACAAGCUCAUUUAUCUGUUCCAAAAAGGAGGUUUUUGCCAAAGAGACCUUACCUUUUUAAGGUGCACAUGUUAGCCAUAAAAAAAAACCCAUACAUAUAUAUAUAUAUACAUAUCACUUCAUUUUUGCCUGUGGUAAAGUCUAGACUGUUCUUUUCAGAAAGAAUUGGAAGAUCACACAGACACCUCUGUUUGAGUCUGCAGAGUUUUUGCUUGUGCUGCUUUGGCCUCUUUGAGCAUUUGUUGGCAAGUAGGGCCUGAUCCUGUGAUUUGUGUGGCCAGACAGGGCACAGAAGGGUCCAGGAAUCAGGUUCUAAUUUAGCAAAAUACUUAAGCCCGUGGGGAUUGUUUAAGCAUAGGCUUAAAGCCAUUGCGUGGUGUGUUAUAAGCUAUGGGUCUGCAGUCGUUAAUGCCAGACUGCCUCUGCAUCACCCCAUCUGACAAAUUGGAACUUGGUAGGAUGGGGCCACAGUCAAAUUUAUGCUAAACUCACUUGAACGUGUGGUACAGCUCCUGUGUCACCUUUAUUCAGGAAUGCAAACAGCAGGAGGUCGAAAGUAACGUCUGGACAUCAGGAGGGUGAGCUGUUACAGGAUCAGUGCUUGGCAUGGGGUGGCUGUGGCACUUUCCAUAUGUCACAAGUAGCCCCACAGCCAGAUUUACUCUGUCUUUGAACCAUGGCUUUAAAUGUCUGCUUAAAGUUUCUCCCAAAGCUUGGGUUGCCUUGGUUACAGCCCAAUCCUUAUGCACAUCCCCAAGGCUAACACUACAAUUUUAUGAAUGUGAUGGUUUUAUUGUCACUUAUUUUAAUCGUUGCCUGAGCGUUCCUUUUAAAAACAGAAAGCAACACCAUUGCUUUAGCUUAUCAGUUAAUGCACCUUUGAUUUUGUUGGGUUUUUUAAAUGUAUUAAUUCUUGGAUUUUUAUCACAACUGCAAAACACUUGGGUAAUGACUUAAUCAUAGAGGUGUGAAAGUAGCAAAGUAUUCAUCGGAGUGGACACUACAUAAGGUGUUCAGCCUGAUGGCAGGUUUGCAAAACUUCCCUGGGAUAUGGGCCUUACAUUGAUUUCCUGCCUAUCAGCAAAGUGUGCCUGAGAAGAAUGAGGAAAAGUUGUGUUUUGAAGAAUCAGUGGUGGUUGAAGGGAAUAUGCAGCAAGUCAUGCUGAAAUCUCUUUGAAUCUGGUCCAGCUCCUGCCGGACUGUGGUCAGCAAAACCUAGCCUAGGUCCAAUAAAUGCUGGUUUUAGGAUAACGUUGCUUUUGAUUUUGAAGUAGUCCAGCAGAUAAGGGAUAACAGAGUCCAGAGAAGGUCCAGAGAAGGGCCACGGUUGCCUUUCUUUGGUAACCAUGGUAGACACUUAGUGCCUUGGAUGAACAGCUCAGACAGGAAUUGAAUUUUGAACUGUUUUGUUAUUGAUGUCUGAUUCCUGCAGUUGGUUCAUCACACUGAUGUGAUAUUUCUUCACAGAGCUGCGUUGCCUACACUUGACAUACAUUUCAGUCCUGUAAAUUUGAGCUAGCAGAGAUGUGGGGAAGAAUCUCAUGGUGGUGGAAUUCCCAAUCGAAAACACUAGUGAUGGUAAUAGAGGGCUUGUUGCCAAAGGAUGGCAGGAGCUACUCAGUACUAACUGGAGGCUGGUAAGGCACCAGCUGAGGAAGCUGGAGAACACUAUUUCCAGUUUGUCCUGGUCCCAAUUUUUACACUAAAUCAUGUGAUGUUGGAAGGGCCUUCUUUUUAAUGAGAAAUUCUCUCUUUGCAGUGUUAUCCACAACAGUAUUUCUUGCUGUUGUAAUUAAAACCUUAAUCAGUUUUUAUCUAAAUGGAUUUCAGAACUGUUGACAAAUAUUUUCAUUUCUCAAAAAUCUUGGUCUCCUUUCUCAAUUCUUUUUUUCCUUCUUGGGUUUCUUCUGCUGGUCAAUUAAAGUUUCUGUGAUGAUUUUGAAAACUUUUUUGGAUAAAAAUUCAUUUAAAAAAAAAAAAAAAAAAAGCACAUGUUCUUGGAAAAUGGUUCAAUGUUAGUCCUGGUGAAAUUUAAAAAAAAAAAAAAAAAAAGCUUUUAAACUCCUCACAAGAUAUUUUUCCCCUGUUUUUGACUAGCUUUGCUAACUUUGAAGUCACUGUUUCCUUUGCCAGAACAAUCCAAAUAAUGUGACUCUUCUUAAAAUAACAGUGUUAGUUCUGUUGGGUUCGUUUUUCUUUCUCCUCUUAAAGCCGUAGUGUGGCUGCGGGAGCUGCCUGGGACUUUGCUGUGGCAACUGCAGUUUUUUUCUUUAUAAUUACUGGGGGGAAAAAAGCACAUUAUGGCAACCGCCAUGAAGAUCAAAAGAUACUUACUGAACUUUGUCACCCUUCUGGGUUUGGGGAUGGCAUUUCUUCUUAGACAUUUCUAGAAACGUUACCUGUCUUCCUCAACACUUCAAGUCUGAAUUUGCAGCAGUCAGUUGCCUAUCUGGCAUUGGGUGCUUCUGAGCAUUGUGAGAGAGAAAAGACUUAAAGCUCAUGAAAUUAUAAUGUUUGAUUGGCAUCUAGAAGGCCAAGAGAAAACCAUAACCUCAGUAGGUUUCCUGGUGGACAGUAGGGAACGGCUCUCCUUUCAUCCUGCAAGUUCUCUGCUGGGAUGUGCAAACACUACACUCAAACACUUGCAGACCACUCUGGUGUGUGCACUCGCAUGCACACGCAACGUGUUUGUGGUGCGACAACUGAGCACAAUUGUUCAGACUGUAUUAUUAAGCACUGCUGCUCAUAUCACUGGGCUUUUCUCCUGGCUGUGUGUUCCUGGUCUCCGAGCCGUUCUGUGAUUCUGUUUUAUCUAGCAGCUGGCAGCCUUGUGCAUGGCAAGGGGUUGGAAUGAGGGGAUCUUUGGGGUCCCUUCCAAUCCAAGACACUCCAUGAUUCCAUGAUACAAUUCUUUUGGCUUCAUGUUACGUGUAUAGGCAACUACCCAUGAAUUGAUCACUGGUAUUGAGAGUGGUCAGCUCAAACUUUCUUUCUGGUUUACUGCUUGUCCACAUUUCUCAUCAUGACUAGAUGAUCUUCUAGAAAAUGAGGAAGGAAACAGAAGCCCCAGGGUGGCGUUACCUUUACAUUUCAUAGACUCAUAGAACCGUUUGAGUUGGAAGGGACACUCAGAGGCCACCUGGCCCAACUCCCUGCACUGAACAGGGACACCCACAGCUCCAUCAGGUGCUCAGAGCUCCGUCCAGCCUGACCUUUAGUGUCUCUGGGAGCAGACACCACCACUUCUCUGGGCAACCUGUGCCAGUGCCUCACCACCCCUCAGUGUAGAACACCGUUUCCUUACAUACAGUCUAAAUCUCCCCUCUUACAGUUUGCAACUAUUUCCCCACGUCCUAUCAAAACAGACCCUGCCAAUGAGUCCGUCCCCUUCUUUCUUACAGCUCCCCAUUAGGUACUGCUUUCCAGGGGUCAGCAUCUUUUGCUGGGAAGAUGACACGUGGGGUCCCUUUUUUGCCUCUGCCUCUCUCUUUGCCAGAAGUGGCAAUCUUACCCUCUUUUUCCAUUUGCUUCAUGUGCACUCCUUGCAGUGGGCAUGGUUUGUUACUUACUGCACGGAGGUAUUGCAAGGCUUAGAUGGGAGUUGGAAAAACUUUUCCAGAUCUUUAGUCAAGUAGUUUUAUGCAUCCACAGUAUCAGUGGCCUGCCACAUGGAUAUCAAAGAAAAUGAUUAUAAUUAUUGCUUUUAAAAUGAUUGUGAAAUUGUGCCUUCCUUUUUCAGACGUAUUUAACCGUCUAAUUUAGAACCACAUGAUUGCAGGGAUCGUAUCAUGAAGAAAUUUGUUUGAAGGAUAGUUUGUUUGUUUUUAAAGAUUUUUUUCUUCAAAAUGAAUUUAUUAAGUUUUUUUCUUCUUUUACUGAUGUUUCUUUUCUUUUUUUUUUUUUUUUUUUUUUAAUUUUCCUCCAAUUUUAUUCCUUUAAUAUGUUUGUGUAAAAAGGGCAGCCAGCAUUUGCAUUUGCGAGAGACAGAAGAUUUUAUUUGGUCUUGUAUGCGGAGCUUUCAUUUUCUUUUAUGUUCCUUCAGGAAAAUUCCUCUUUGCCCGAUUACUCAUACUUAGAUGUCUUUAAACUCAGGCUGACCAGUGAGGGCUUUUUGUUGUUUAAUUUAGAGUGUGCUUUGCUCUGCGCUUUAUUCUGCUUUUUUAAUUAUCCAGAUAUCGGGUGCUGGGGAGGCAUUGCACAUUAAUGCAGAAUGCUAAUGCUCAUUUUCAUAGAAAAGACAAAAUUAGAGUCUCUCUCCGUCUCCAGUGCAGUUUUAUUCCUGUUUUGCGUACAACACCGAUAUUAAGCCAGACUGUAAAGGCAAAAUACUCAGUGACCUACUUCCAUUCACCAGCAAGAAGCCUUUGUCAGCUGACUGCUGUUUGUUUGUUCAUUUUUAAAUGUCGGAUUACAGAACGAGCAUCUCGCAAAGAUGAAAGAAAGCAGUGUUUUCGUGCGCAGGAAAUUUGGGGUUGCAGUAACAGAACAUUUUCUUUGUGAAUUUGGAUGUCGUGGUGUUUUAAGCCCCCGCCUGGAGCCUAAAUCAAUUUGGCCUCUCAUCCAGUUCAUCUCACUGGUGCUCCUAAAAGGCUGCAGCCCUGCAAAAGCUCAUGCAGCAUUUUUGGCCGCUUUCCCUUGCUCCCAUUUGGUACAUAUUUGCACAAUUUAACUGAGCUUUUCUUUCUGCUGAAGGUCAGAUGCAAGCGAUACGAAACACUAAACUUUAUAAACAAGCAAAGCCAUUUUAACCACAGCGUUUUGGACAAGAAUGGGUUUUUAGGUGGCGUGCUGUCUGCUGGCUUUUGGAGGGGGGGGAUCCUGAGGGUAUAUUUGCCUGAAACAGGAUGCAAAGCCACAAGCCUUGGUUUCUUAAUAAACUACUUACUGUAAUCCAGCUACGCAGUUUCAGCCUCACACUUGAGAAGCAGCUUCCAGCAGCAGUGCACGUACAGGCACUUUCCCUCUUCCUUGCAGAAAGUGAAACUUUCCCAACCAGUGCAAAUUUAACCUAUUGCAUAAGAAUCUGGAAGUUUGAUUGUUUGGGUUUUUUUCUUUUUUUUUUUUUUCUUUGCAAUUCUUUCUGUAACCUCUGUAAGCAAAGGAUGAAUAGCUUUUCUUUUUCCUUUUUUUUUUUCUUUUUUUUUGACAAGAUUAGAUGUUGCAUAUUGAUGAGCUAGCAUUUCAAAGGUCCAUGGGGCUUUGGAACGUAUUAAGAAUGUCUGAAGUUUAAUAUUCGCCACGUUUUAAAUAUUCAAGAGAAAAAAAAAAUCUGCAUAAAAUGGCUUUUGAUAAAUAUGUUCUAUGGGUUCUUCCUUGCUAUCUUACACAAGCGCUGUGGGGAUUGUGGCCGUGCCACUUUUGUUCCAAAGUGCCUUUUGUUUCAGCUUAUCAGGACCGCUCCGUUCCCAUUUGUAUGCCCAGCACUGGUCCUGGAGUCUCCUAUGGUUUCCACAGGAGCUGUGCUGCAUGCAGGUGUGGAUGCAGCAUCUCGGAGCACACAGGGCAGCUUUGCAUCCUUGGCUGUCCUCUUUUGUGAGAAGCUCAGUAUUAAGAGGAGUGAUGUUUGGAGAAAUCCUUCCUUGGGGAUGCCCUGUUUCCCAUCUCUGCUGAAAAUCUCACUGAAGCUUUAGAUUAGGAUCAGUUAGGUCUGCAUACGCUCAGCUAUUUUCCUAUAUUAUCAACAUUCUCGUUUGCCUUCUCCUUGACAUCCCAUGCUGCAAACCAUGGUGCAGGGCAACCUCCUUGGCCCUGCUCGUGUGCAGCCUUGACUUCUCCAAGUUCAAUCAGUGCCGGGUGCUUUUCCUCAGGACAGCUCUGGUUGGGCCAAGGGCAUCUCUAUGCAAAAGGUGAUUCAGCUUACAAAUAAUGUCGCUUUUUCAGAUUCACCUUUCCCAUCUCACGUAUUCCUGACAGAAGCAGGGUUUUAAAUAUUUCAUAGCAUUCUUCUUUCUUCUCCUUUUUUUGCCAGAUGCCUUGAAAACACUGUCAGAUUACGAUCUGGGCGGGAGUUUUCAGGAUCGAUUUCCUUUCCUCCUUGAUUGCAACGGUGUAGGUUUGCAUUGAGGUUUGGUGCUUGUUUUGUUUGUUCUUUUUUCUUUUUUUUUUUUUACCUUUGACAGAACAGAUGCUUUCAGUUUAUGCAGUGAAAGAUUGACUAUGAUUAGAGCUAAUCCAGGAUGGCAGGAUUGGACCCCCGCAGUGAAAUCUAGAAAAGUGAUUGCGAAAGUAUUUUGUUUCUCCUUUAUUAAUUACACAGGAAGUUUCCACAGAAGGCUCAUGUAACACUGCUGGCCUAUGUAAUAAGUAGCAGGGCCUGUAAUUACAGUCUGUCUCUGAUCCUAUCUGUGCUCUGGCUUUCUAGGCAUCGCAGUUCUAUUUACAUCUGUGUCUUUGUCACCUUUUACAUUUUUGAUUGGUCACUGAGGGAAGAACAACACAAGCCGUGAGCCCUGCAGAGGUGCAGCAGCUCUGACCAAGGGAGUCCUCUACCUUCUCAUGUAUCUGCCUGAUUUGGGACACAGAAGAGAUUUUAACCAGCAAAGGGAGCAGGCUGCAUGCCAGCUUUGUAUCUUUCAGCAUCUCAGAGUCUUUGUAGGCAUGGAAAAUCAAACCUUUUACAGGUCUUAACUAGUGUACCAUCCUGUGAGGGAGUUCAUAUACCACUAUUUCCUCGCUCUGAGCAGUUUCUACAGGAUUUCAGCAUUCUCUUCUGUAAGAUUCGAGGUUUUAUGGUUGCAAAGCAUCUUCCAGAUAUGGCAGGAGGAGAAAGAUGGCUUUUAGCUCGGCUUCUCUGUAUGAUGCUGUAACUGCUGUUAUCAGCAUAAAGCAGGAGUGGGAAUGGGGCAGCAGUGAUUUGUUCGGUACCAGAUUCCCCAGCACUGAGCUCUGGCUGGCACAGCCCUGGGCAGCCCAGCUUCUGAUCCUGAGACCUGGUGCUGAGUGAACCAGGGGGGGGCUCAGUGCUGGUCACCCCACAGUACUCCUCUUCUUUAACAGAUGCCUUCUAGAGUUAAACUACAGAAUGGUGCCCCCUAACCUUCUUCUUCAGGCACUAUUCCCAGUGCUGCGUUUGAUCAUGAGGAACGAAAACCGUUGUGCAAACCCUGUACACAGUGCAUAAAAAAAAUUAACAAUCUACUAUGGUUAUUUUCAAUGUCCAUUAUGCUGUAAUGCAGAUUGUCCCUUUCCUGCAGCUAGCACCGUUACUUAAUUAUCUUGGGUUUGACUUCAUUUAAAAAAAAAAAAAAGCUCAAUUUUUUUUAUUUUUUUCUAACUACUUCUAAGAAAGUUGAUGCUUUAAAGGAAAAAAAGAAACAACAAAACCCUUACUUUCAAACAUGGGUUUCUCAGGCUUCAAAAUUAAUAAUUUCUACACCUGACCCAGUUCUUGCAGCUGCCAAAAAAGAAAAGAGAAAGCUAUUUAAAUUUCUCAUAGAACCAUUUAUCUCUUAAAAUAUGCCAAGGCAAUUUGAGGUGGGGGUGGAGACUCAGCUAUUUAUCUCAGCAGCUUGAUUUUUCUCUUUAUGUUUCUAACUGUCAGGGGAAAAAAAACGGUAGGAAGCUAUUCUUGGGCUAUUAUUGAUGUAUUGUGUUGCCAUUAUGCAGGAUGUCUGCUUUGCUAUAUACGGAAGGACAUUAAUAAUAGCCAUCUUCCCUGCCCCCACCCUCAGUUCCUUUUAGGAAGAUGUGGUUUAAACUGGAGCAUCUGCCCUGUUCAAAUUGCUGCUCCCCCUCCCCUUCCCUCAGUCAGUUCCCAAACUAGUUUUUGGGAACAAGGCUGAAGGAAUGAGGAGAUAGGUAGAAAAAUGGCAAAUAUAACCUACUUGUGUGCUUGCUCCAGGCAAAUCAUUUCCAUGCUGUGUACCUGUCUUUCCUUCCCAUCCAUUGCCCCUAGUCUCAUUCCAAGUUCGUCAGUGCAGAAAUACCCUUCUUGCCAUUUCUGUCACACAGGGGCUGGCUGGCAGAACGGGCUCAGCAACAGACCUCAGCUUUGUGAUUACACAGCAUGCCACAUCCAGGAAUGUUGGCUUCCUCGUUGUCUCCUCUAAGCAGGAAAAUGUAUUCCCAUCCCUCCUUACCCUGGGUUUAAAACAUUGUUAGGAAACUUGAAAGGCUCAGUCCACUUGUUUAAAGGCUGAGAUGCUUGUUGUAUUUUUGGAAGCAGAGUGUAUGGUGGACAGGAAUAGUUUGAUAUUUGAAAAGUAUCCCCACUUGGGCAUUCCCCUGAGGUGCGGGAAGUCCUGUCUCCAUGGGUCUGUGCCAGAACUGUGACAGCCCAGCGAGCAAAGCCAGCUUGGAUAGGAAAAGAACUGGCCAGCCCUAUUUCAUCUGAUAGAAGAGAGGUGGAAACAAUGAACAUGGUAAAAACUUAAGGGCAUAGUUGCUCAAUUUUUUUAUUUUUUUUUUUUUCCAGUGACUACAUUUCUGCAUUUUGUGCCAAUUUUGUUGUACAGAAGCUUUGCUUUUUCAGCAUUUCUGAUGGCCAGAACCAUGUGUUCUUCCAUGAUGUCUUGCUAUGAUCCAGAGUUGUUUUGUUUUAGGCACUGAAUUCAAACAAAGUAAGAGACUCUUGUAAGGCACAUACAGGCUUUAGGACUAGCAAAUACAAUCAUGGUAUUUUCCAGUUCUGAUACUGGGAAGUUUCCAAGUAUGAAUUCAAGGUGGGAAGAAGACCUGCAUUUAGGAAAGUGCUUCGUUUUCAAAAUAAAAGAGAGACAGACAGUCACUGUUUCUUAUUGCUUUUCUAUUCUUCCUUGGUGGCAGCUUCUUUAUCAACAAUAAGGAAAAGCCAUCUUAAGAGUCACCUCAGCUAGAGCCCAGCAUAUCCUCUGCAAACGUUUGCUCUGCUUGCCGUGCUGCUGUCGCAUGUGUUUUUUUUAUUGCAGCCCUAGGGUGAGGAAAUCCUCCCAGUGAACUUGAAUCCAGGCCCACCUUUUCCUCUCCAUACCCAGUGGUGUGCAUCCAGCUGAGGGCUUGAUUCUGUCUCUGCAGUGCAAGUAUUUCAAUAGAAACAGGUGUUUCUGUCUGCCACUAGCCAUUGGUUUCUGUGCAGUGAUGAAGAUCUGCAGGGAAGGAGAUGAAGUCCUGCUCUGAGUAGGCUGUCUUUGUGCUGAAGUUUCAUUCAGGAUUAUAUGAGAUAAGAGCAUAGCCAAAGGUUGUGGUUUGUGUUUCAGCUUUGUUGAGAUGGUACCCAAUGAAAACACAGAACUGAGGCACUUCUUUACAUCUGCCAAUAUCUCAGUGACAGCUCUGUAUGGAUAGGAAACCUAUUCCAACUGGCAAAGGAACAUUUUCUGCCUUGUCCUCUGAGCCUGAGUUAGUUCUUUGCUCGACCCAUCUAAAAUGUAGUAUUACUAAUGUGCCCAAUGACCAAGUAGCAAAGCACUUGACAAGCACCUAAGUAGCACAACCAGAAAGAUGAGGAGAAGGCUGUUAACAGUUUCGUUUACAAAAAGUAUAUUCCUCUUUCUUCACUAUGUGCCUUUCUAAUUACCUGCAGAGAAAUAACCCUGUUACCAAGCAGAGAUGGAAAUUAUGGGAACGAUAUAGAACAGAAGUGGUUAAUUUUGAGCAUCUGUUCUCCAUUGGGAUAAGUAAAGCUUAUUCUCUUGGUUAACACACCACCUUGUCUGGUAGAUAGCUGCUCAGUACGGAGGUACAUGGGUGUAUCUCCUUAUAAGUCUCAAUCUUACCAGAUUGUCUUAUCUGCUCUCCCUCUGGAGAAUUUGAACUAAGUUUUGGUAGAGAUAGAGGCAGAGCAAAGUUAUGCUUGGACUUUCUCUUGAUCUUGCUAGACAUGAUGUGCCUCCAUGGGAAUUCAGCUUCCUUAAAGGUCCUGUAAUUUCCCCAGCCACAGCUUGUAUUUUGGACUGCCAGAAAGUCUGGAGAGCAGCUUCCAGGUGCCUACCUUCCAGUCAGUCAACUGAGACCGGGAGUCCUGAUUCUCUUGGCUAAAUGGCCCAUGCAGAUCUGUUUAGCUCUCCCAGACUGCAAGGAAGGCAUGCCCUUGGAACGUCUUUGCCCUGUGUUGCUUCUGUGCUUUGGCUGUCCCUGCUAACUGCAGACCUGUCUGCCCUGGGGUUCACCGGUGAUGUUGUUUAUUGGCUGUGUAUUAAUUCAUGGGAGAUGAUUAGGCCAGGUGCAAGGUGAUAUUUCAGCUCUAUGGUAGCAGUUGGUCUAGCCCUGGAGGCAGAGCAGGUUUUGUGUCAUUUCCGUUGUUGCAGCUGGGAGGGGAGCGUGGCUGGUCACACUUCUUGUUCUGCAUUGGCAGAGGCUCUCAGAGGUAUGGGAAGCAUCUUCCUUUGAAAUGUGAAUCACUAGCCUGGGUAUCUGGGCAAGAGAGGGACAUUCCCUAGACGUGAGGGGUGCCUUCUUGCUGCAAACUCCAUGCCCUCAGACCCUAAUGAAGUAACAUUACUUGAGCUGUUAGGACUGGUCUCCUAUCUGUCAGAGCACGGGGGAAACAGAGUUUUUUCCCCCUUGCUGAGCACAAGCAUCCCCCCCAGCCCAUGAGGGGCCCAAUCCUUCUGUCGUGGGAGUUUUCACAAAUCCUGCAGGUUGCUGAGUGCAUGUCCUAUAAGAUGCUGAGCACCCUCCCUUCUCACUGAACCCUUCAGGCCACUCGUCUCCUUCACUGACUACUUCAGCAGGGCUUUGAGGGCACUCAGGAAAUGCAAUCAGCACCUUACAGGAUCGGUCUGCUAGGUAAUAUAUGAAGUUUUUCCUCUGGUAACUUGUGUGCAUGAAUUGAAAACCAUGUAUUCCAGUUUGUUCUGAGGACAGAUACAGCAUAUACACAUUUUCUAUAUUUAUAAAUAUAUAUAGAUAUAUAUAUUUUGUUCUCAGCUAGUUACCUCUUCUAAACUGCAAUUUUCAGAGCAACCAGCGUGUAUUUUUUAUUCAACACAUAAAAUGACUUUUUACUGUAAGAGAAUGAAAGCUGUUUUAAGCAUGUGUUUUCUGUAUUUUUAUUAUGCAUUAUCCAAUUAUAUUGAGAUGUAUUUUCCUCUUUGCUCUGCUCUUUCAGUUGUUAUCCUUAUUUUAUCAGUUAUGCUUUUCUAAUGUUUUGUAAGGGAAAAUAAAUAUGCAAAAUCGCCAGAUGCCUUUUUUUCUUUGCAGAAGAAGUAUCACAAAUGCUUUUUUAUUACGUUUUACCAAUCCAAUAAAAUCCUUAUAAAUUUCA